CUCGAGGGAGGCCGCCGGCCCCGACGACGGCGGGCCUCCUCCGGCGCCGGGAGUCCGCCGCCCCGGCGGCGCGCGCGCGCUGCGGGUGCCAUGGCCGACCGCCCCGCCUUCAGCUUCCCCGCCAGGCCGAAGAGCAGGAGCCUGUUCUACCCCUCGGGGCCCCUGACCGCGAAGCACAUCAAGAAGCGGGAGUUCCUCAUCAGCGCUGCGGCCGGCUGCCGGCCCCGAGGGGCCACGGGCGGAUGGCCCGAGGCGCUCGCGGUGGGGCGCCCGCGGCCUCGAGGGGCCCCUCGCCAGGUGUAUGACCGGUCCAAGUGA